AACAUUAUUAAGCCAAUCAGAAUCUGUCAAUGUGAGAAAAUCGGAAAAACUAGGAGUUGAGACAAUAUCGUGCGGUCCAUUUGUGGAAAUAACAAGAAAAUAUAAAAAUAAACAUUAUAUUUUUAGAAAUAUUUGGUGGAUAUUUAAAGCCGUUUAUGGGACAAAUGUGCGUGACGAUAGGUGUGACGUUUCUGAUACCGAAGAGUUUAAUAAAGUUCAAGUUACCUAGCAAAGUAUAAGCAAUUGUUGUGAAAAUAUAUAUUCUGCUACUAGAAAACAAAUGUUAUUAUCUCAUUAAUUAUUGUUUUCAACUAUUGGCCAUAAAGCACAGAUUGUGACUGUAAUUGAAUCAACAAUACGAAUUUGGUGAAUUGUGCAAAUAAUACGUAUGGUGCUAUCGUAAGUGGACACAAACCUCGCAGUAGUGUGCAAUACCUGUCAUCUGUCAAUUGACAAUAUAAACGCAGUGCUCAAUUAUCCUAAUUACAGUAGACAUAUUGUUCAAAGUGUAGAGUUGUGGUGUUAUCAGGUGAACAAUAAUGCAGAGUGUAUCGAAUGGAAGUAACGCUGAUGCAGUUGGCGGCAGUGGCCCAAGUGGUAGUAAUAAACGUCCAAAAAAGGGUAUUUUAAAAACAUCAAGCAGUUUCGAUCGCACUGGCGCAAGUAGCCGUAAAAGUGCUAAAUUCGAUGAACUGAACGUGCUGCAAACAUUUCAUCCAGCUGACAAAGAUUAUGGUCAUAUGAAAAUCGAUGAGCCCAAAACGCCAUACACUUACAAUGAGCCAGAUCCAGAACGUGAUCAAUUGGAUGCAGAAUUAUUAGCUGAAAAAUUACGCAUUGCUGCCAAUACUCAAACGCCUUCCUUUGAUGAUGAAGAAGAACUAUCAGAUGAAGAAUUUGAGGAGACACCAGAAGAAAAAGCACGUCGACUGGAAUUUGAACGACGUCGCAAAGAGCACUACAAAGAAUUUGAGGCUGUUAAAUUAGCACGGAAACUCAUUGAAGAAGAGGAUGACGAAGAUGAUGACGACGACGAUGCAAAUGGAGAAGAUGGAACAAAAUCAGCAGGUAUUGAUAAAUCCACAACGGGGGCAGCAGCAAGUGCUCAAUCUGGAGAUCAAUUAUCGAAUAACCAAAAUAAAUCAACAACAGUGGAUUCCAGGAAAAUGGAUGUAGAUGCAACUGCGUCCAUGGGACAUUAAAAAGCUAUGAUCUUUCUGUAAAUUUAUAAUAAAAAAAGAAAAUUAAAGCUGUAAGCUAAGCAACAACAACAUAACAUUUUAUGAACAUUAACUCAAAUUAAUGCAAAAAUUUAGCCAACGUGGUUUUAAUUGUAUUAAAAUCGUUAAUAAAAAAACAUAACAUAUAACAACUGAACAUAGCAUGCAUAAAUACAACAACAACAAAAACACAUAUUCCAUCAAUAUGUCACAUACAGAUUUCAUACAAACAAAUACAAUUUGCUAUAGAAAUUAAUAUUUCAUUAAACAAAAACAAAUAUUCGUUCAAACAAAUUAUACAAUCAAUUGUUUUAUUUUUUUGCAUUUACUUUUGUCAAAUUCAUGUAUACAACCACCGCCGUAAAUCGACCAGCAAGUCGAAACCGAAUUCAUUUGUGCAAAAUGUUCAAAUUAUUUCAUAACUUAAGUGCCACAUUGAAAAUAAUUUCAUUUAAUUUUACACGAAAAUGUUUAAAACUGAAAUUGUUUAUUUUUUUUUAAUUUUUGGUUCCUUUGUACAGUAAUAAACUAAUAUUUCUCAAAUCAUUAUGCUUCCGAGCCACAAGAAACUCCAAAAAAUAUAUUGAUUUUAUUUAGAUAAAAUUGGAAAAGUGAGAAACAAGUAAAGCAUCUCUUUAUUAUUGACUGAUUUUCUUAAAAAAAAAAUGUGAAAAAUAAAAAAACGGAUACAACAAUAAUUUGCCAAUUUGUAUUGAUAAUUUUAAUUUACCGCAUAUUCCUGUGUUUUUUGAAAUUGUUUAGAAUUAACGAACAAAUUUAAAUGAAACUGUGAAAUUAACACGAGAUUUGCAUAAACUAUAAGUUAUAAAUAAAGCAACAUUUCAAACCAA